AUGCCGCCGCGCCGGCGGGAAGCUUCGGGCUACCGCAUUGUCCGCGCACGCCCCUCUGGCGCCUUCUCCGCCGAGAUCCGGUCCGGCGAGAUGCGCCUCGACCUCGGCACUUUCGACAGUGCCCACGAGGCCGCCUACGCGUACGACGCGGCGGCGUGGCGCCUCCGGCGGCCUCGUAGGGAGAUGAAUUUCCCUGAGGUGGCGACGCGGGAGCAGGCGCAGGAGCUCGCGCCUCCCCCACGGCUUUCACCGACGAGGACUGUCACGACAACUGGAGGCGGGAGCGCCUCCUCGGCAUCGCUGAGAUGGACGAGGAGGCCAUGGCGCUGUGGCGCCAACGCUUCCCGCAAGACGUCGUCAAUGAGCGCGAAUUCUACGCGCAAAGGAGGGCGGAGAGGGCAGCAGAGAGAGGGCGGAGAGGAGGGUGGAGCGAACCGCCUAUCGCGAGGAUAG